CACUGUUCUUGUCGUUGACUGGCUUGACUGUCAAAAACAAAAAAUGCUAAUGUCAAAGGCUGACAAACAUAUUUUUCUAGAAGAAAAAUAAUUACAAGAUAUUUUAUUCAAUUGUGUACGAAAAUAAUAUUUCGUAAACUUUUACUAGUUUACUUAAGGCGAAUAAUGAUAUAUGUGAUUAAAUAGGCUUGAACGAAGUGCGGAUAUUGCUAGAAAAAUGAGUAAACAUACGUAUACCACAGCGAACCUCACCGAUAAAGAGCUGAAGGAACAGGGAAACAGAUUGUUCAGCCUAAGGCGCUUUGAGGAUGCUAUGAACUGCUAUACAAAGGCUAUCAUAAAAAACCCUUCAGUAGCGACAUACUUCACAAACCGUGCACUGUGCCACCUGAAGAUGAAGAGAUGGGAGGCAACGUGCCAGGACUGCCGCAGAGCUCUUGACAUAGACAAUAAUCAAGUGAAAGGCCAUUUCUUUUUGGGACAAGCAUUGGUGGAACUGGACUGUUACGAUGAAGCCAUUAAGCAUCUGCAUAGAGCGAAUGACUUGGCGCGUGAACAGAAGUUAAACUUCGGCGAUGACAUCGCCGCACAAAUCCGUAUAGCGAGGAAAAAGCGAUGGAACGUACAAGAAGAGAAGAGAAUAGCGCAGGAGAUCGAACUGCAGUCUUAUUUGAAUAGGUUAAUAAAUGAGGAUAUGCAGCGUAGAAUAGAAGCAUUAAAAUUAGAAGCUAAUAACAAGGACGAUGUUAGUAGUAAGGCGUCUAAAAUAGAGGACGAAUGUAAUAACUACAGGAGUGAAUUAAAUAUACUAUUUUCUAAAAUGGACGAAAGAAGAAGGAAACGUGACGUGCCGGAUUAUUUGUGCGGCAAGAUCAGUUUCGAGAUACUGAACGAGCCGGUGAUCACGCCCAGCGGUAUUACUUAUGAGAAGAAAGACAUCGAGGAACAUUUGGAGCGUGUCGGGCACUUCGACCCGGUGACUCGUGUGAAGUUGACAGCGGAUCAAUUAAUUCCUAACUUCACGAUGAAGGAGGUUGUGGACGCGUUCCUGCAGGAGAACGAGUGGGCGCUCGACUACUGAGUACUUAGUACUGAGUAUUGAGUAUUGGGCUCAUCUCUAUGUACUCGUGUCGUUGUCUAGGUAGUUAUGUAUGUGUGUUGUUAUGUCCAUGUGUUGCAGUAGUACCCCGACUUAAUGAUGGUUGAAUGAAAGACAAGAGCUCUAGCUGUUUAAAAUGUGCAUGACGAAUGUAACGGAUUGAUGAUACUGCUAUGCAAUAAUUAUACAUUUUGGUCGAUGUCCAGUAUGUGAGACGGGUCUUUGAGGAGGAUUUUGAUGUCAAAUGACAUCUUAUUUUACCACCUACAUUUUGAGCUCGCUUAAAAGUACUGUUACAAUAAUAGUUGCCACAUCAGUAAAAUUCUCUUAAGUCGGGGUAUUACUGCUUACAAAUGUGUCCGGUUCCAUUCACGUGCUCGUUUCAUGUUAGCCCGUCUAGUUUCGAACUAGAUAGGGGUCCUAAAUCAUGAACUUUCGGCUCAGUUCGUCCGAGAAUACGGUGUUAAGUUAAAUGAAGAAUGGUAAUAUUAGGAGGAUCAAAGUCAACAUAGAUCAUAGGUAUAGGUCGCUGUGGCAAAUUCGACCAUAAACCUUUGACUUUAAAGCCGCUUCUUUAUUAACCGAAUUACACGACGCAAAAAAACUUAAAGUAGAAAUGUAAUUGCAAGCAAUAGACACCUAUGAAUAAAUAUAGUGCAUUAGAAAAUUAAGCUCUGUAUGAUUGGAAUAAUAAUAAUGUAAUGUUUGAGAUAGCCAAUUUAUUAUAGCCAAAGUUGGCUCGUGUAGCCUUAAAUAAACAAACUUGUCUUAUACUACGAUAGUAUGUAACAAACGUGGUCCUUUUAACUUAAUUAAUAAGGUAAACAUAAAUAGUCCAAAUCGCUAGAAAAAAAGUAAUUAUGUCACAUGAAUAUAAGGAAAUGAGCUUGCUAACAACACCAUUCAUAGAUUUUGUACUGUAAUCCUUAGGAAUAAAGGUUAGUUUUCCCUGUCUCUAUAUUAAUUUAGUACCUUAGAGUGGCUUGUUAUAGACUUUUAGCUCAAUUUCUCGUGUUACUCCCAACUUCUUCUAAACGUAAAUACAAGCUAAUCUUGCAACGGACAUGUACAGUCAGCAAAGUUAAUUGGUAUGCGAAUAAUAAACAGUACAAAGACAAGAGCUCUCGUUACGCUUUAUAACGAAGCCGAACUUUUUGUAUGAGUAUUGCCUCAAAAUUGAAUAAAUCUUUAUUUUCUUUCCUUUAUACCAAAUAGCUUGGUUGACUGUACAGUCUGUUUUUGCCUCAAGUAGUAUCUAUUCGCUCACAAAUACGAAGCACUAUGCACAAAAUGGACUAAAAUUCUCUUGCCUUCUAUAGAAUAAUAUACCUAUUUAUACUUACUAUAAUUACAUCGUUUACAUACUCCAAAAUUAAGAUAGAACGAAAUAUGUAAUGGAAACCGCUUGAAAAAUGUACUCUCCAAUGGUGAAUAAGAUGAAAACUAAGUCACAAAGUAUGUUGAAAACAGUUUAAAUUAUAGUUUGUCAAAGUGUCUUAAACCAGUCAGUUCUGUCAGCUACAAUCGGAUUGUUUUCAUUGGUUGAUAAUAUCACGGAAAAAGCCAAGAGGCCCAUCCAUUAGUUAUGAAUGAAAUUUUUUACGUUUCAUGAGAUCGAAACGAGGUAGCGAUCGGCGUUCUGAUUGGUUGUUUUUUGAGGCGGCCAAUCAGAGGGCCGAACGUGCUCUCGUUUGGAUUUCGUUAAAACGUGAAGCAAACUCGUACUAAGGGUACGCACUCGUGGUCCCUGACUUCUGGCCUCCUAAUGGAAAGAGCUAUGGGUUAAGGGUUUCUUUGCGCGACAGUAUCCUGAAGGAAUUAUUAUUAUCUGUUACAUUUUCUCCGGGUCUGAUAGGGGCAUUUCGUUUUGUUCACAAGCUCUCAUUAACUCUCAUUUGGAAAUUUCCCUCUCAUUGAGUUUUGAUGUUAGGUACAUCUGAAUGUUUUCAAUGAGCGUUCUUUCAUCAUUAUUUAUAUAAAUUAAUUUUGACUAACUAAUUAAUUAAACAUUAUAAUGUAAUUACCUAUUUCUAAACUAUCCAUCUUUCAUAAAUUGAAAGUUUUUAAUAGUUUAUAGUAAAUAAUUUUCGGAGUGUUUCCUUACAAUAUGUUUUAUGGAGUUUCUUAACAAAUUCCUUAUUUAUGUAGUUCGUUAUGACUUUUAUGAAUACCAUAAUUCUAUUUGUCUCUGGUACUUUAAUAUAUAACUUCACAAACCCAUGCAUUAUAUAAUGGUAUUGAUGUGUUUACCUACUCUUUUUAUGCUAAUUCUUUGUAUAUGAAUAUUUUCAAAUAAUUCGUGUUAUAGUAAUAAUUAGUAGUCUUAGUUGCGCUUUUCAAUUGAUUGUAUUAGAGAUCUCAGCGAUAAGAAAUGCAGUAAAGGGCUAAGGUAUUCAAGUAUAAAACGACAAAAAAAUUAAUAUGGGAAAAUUUUGUUUGUUUUAAUGCCUUCUUUAAAAUAAAAUAUUGAGUGAAAUUGUUUUAAUAAGAAGGCACCUUAUUUUUUACAACAUUAAACUGAGUUUUUACGAUAUCGUAAUUCCAUUGUUUAUGCAAUAUUUCAAUAAAAUCUUCGUACUUCUUUUAUAGACUGUACUGUGUACUAAAUGAUUUGCAAAUGUUGUCGAUAACAAAAAACAUCUCUUGUGUUAAAACACUGAAUCUGUUUUGCCAGCAAUUCUCACCAGAGUUGAAUCGCAUUUAAGCGACAGUCGACUGAGAGUAUAGAAGAGAAAGGAUACUUUUCGAUUCAAUUUGUUGAAUGAUAGUGUCAAUGGUUUACGGCUACCAUUUUUGUGCUCACCAGAGGGCGCUAGUGUAGCUUUAGGUCAUGUUUGUUCAAAUAUUGUGAAAGUUCAAUGACUGCCAUUAGACCUCUCGCUACAUUUGUGAUUCUGGCGAUAAACUCACUCGAGGUACACCAUUGAAUUUUCUAUUGACUAAAUUAGACUAGUGACUACACUAUUUGGACCAUCAGCCCAGACCAGAGAGCUCACUAUAUCUAAGAAGUUCGUAUAAUGUCUACCGAACAUAAAUGUUGAUUAAUUCAUGUUAUUAUUGUUUUUAAAUGUGAUAAAAUGUACCUAGUAAGUAGUUAUUGAUAAUGCGAUUGUAUUCUAUUAAUUAGUGAUUAUUUUAUCGAUUCGCUGCUUUCAUUAAGUUUAACAAAUCAUGCAUACUUUAGUAGUUGUGUCGCAGUACAUCAUAAGCGUGCAAGGUUUGCUAAAAUUAUAUUAGUAGAUAAUUUAAGUUUAAAUUUAAUAUAUGGCUGUUUAAAUUGUCUAAAUUAUAAUAAUAUAUGUCAGCAAAUGUAGAUUUGGUACUUACAAAAUUUUUAGGUUAUAUUGUUUGAACCAAUAAAUGGUAUUUACAGGAAUUUUGCAAAUAAAAUUGACACAGCAUUAUUAUAGUCAUAAAGUAUUUAAUUUUUGAUUGGUAAGUAAUGGUAGGAUAUUAUUGACGCAUGCCAACAUUUGCGUUAUCUGUGGUAAUGUUGAAACGAAUGUAGCGCCAUCUGGGCUUGUUGUUAAAAGAUUGGUCCACACUAAAUGAACUGGUAUUUACAAUGACAAUUGUUUGAAACUACUUAUCCUCUAAUCAACUCUGGACUUGAUGUGAUGGAUUGUUAUUACGAACUGAAAAAUACUACAAAGAAAUAGUUAUUUAGUUUGCCCAGUUUCAUUUAGCGCGGGCCAAUCUUAUUGGUGUUUGUUGUAAGUGUGAGAUUAUGGUACAUUGGAUCGCUAGAGGAACAGAUUCACUUGUAUGUCGUAACCAGACACUUGUAAUAAGUUACGUUUAAGUAAAUGUUAUUUUGUA